UGCCCGGCCCCACGGCGGAAGUCGGAGAUUCCUGGCCGGAGCGCGGCGGGCGCGGCCGGCGGCGUUGGGAGUCCCGUCACAGGUCCGGUGGGGUGGCUGGGGGCCGAGGACCGCGGAGCAGGGGCCCCGGGAUCCGGAGACCGGCGUGGAGCUGCGGGGGCCCUCCGAGGAGGACGGGAGGGUCGGGGACUGAUACCAGCGCCAGGUACUUGGUGAGGGGCGGGGCGGGGCGGGCCGGGGCGCGCCAGGUGCACCAGGCCUCCUGCGGCCCACGGCGCCCCCUGGCGGCAGAGCGGCCCCACCCCCGUCAGCCCCGCCCCCGGAAUGACCACGCCCCCAAACAACGGCCUGGAGGCCCUCCCAAGCCGGCCCCGCCCCACCGCCCUGACCAAGACCCUAGCCAGCCUCCCGGCUCCUCCCCGGACCCAGCCCCGCCCCUCCGGACUAACCACGCCCCCAAACAGAGGCCCGGCUCCUCCCCCCGAGUCAACCCCGCCCCUCUGGACUUCCGCCUGGAGGUCCGCCAGCUCGCGCUUCCCGGCUCGCCGCCGACAGCUCGCCAGGCCUCGUCGGCCUCGGUGCGCUGCGGAAAGCCGUCCGGGCCCGCUGCUGAGGCCGUGGCCGCGGCCGGGCCAAGGUUCCGGGCGGACCCCGCCGACUCAGCUCCCUGCCUUUCCCUGAGGAUGGACCCUGGAGACCCCGCCGGAGACCCCACCGGAGAGCCUGCUGCCGGUGACACUGCUGGUGACCCAGCCGGUGGCGAGUGUGUCCCCAUGGGCCGGGACCCGCUCCUGUUCCUGCAGACCCUGCAGACGCUGUGGUCCACUCGGGAGCUGGGACAGCUCCGGGAGGAAGCCCAGAGGGGGUUCGCCGCCCUGGAGGACCCGCUCGCCGCCCUCCUGGACAUGCUGGACGGCAGCCGGGGCUGGCGGGGGAAGGGCCCCUCCCUGGAGGCCUGGGUCGCCCGCGAGCUGAAGCGCUGCUUGCAGGCACAGCCGUGCCCGGGGCCGGCCCGGGGCAGCCCAGGGCUGAAGCAGCUGCAGGCCCGUGCGGUCAAGCUCCUCGCCGAGAGCCCCCCCGGCCUCGUGGAGCCGCUGGUCAGCAUCUUCCAGCUGCAGGACGCAGACCGGAGCCCCCUGCUGGCUCACGUCCACCGGCUGCACCAGGAGGGCAAGUUCAAAGAAGCCAUCGUGCUGGGGACAAAGCUGCGGCUGCAGGCAGAUCUUGAUGUUGAGAAGAUGUGCAUUCCCCUGCUCCUCCAGGACAAGGCAGACCUUGUGGAGCGCUACGUGGAUGGCUUUCCCGACCUCCAGCGGAGGCUGCUGGCCCUCCUGGACUCCUGGUGCCAGCCCGCCUUUGACAUCAGAGUCGUCGCCAGAAGGUACCCGCAGGCGACCUUGAGGCUGGAGAGGCUGAGCCCCAGAGCGCUGGGUCGGCAGGUCCUGCGGCUGCUGGAGCGGCACGGCCUGGACCCUGCCCUGUGUCCCAACGUCGUCACCCAGCAGCGCCUGGCCGCCCUGCGGUAUCUGUGCUACAAGCGGCUGGUAGAGAGAAGCGUACCUCGGGAGAGCUGGGCCGAGCAUGUGCAGGGCCUGGUGGGGCAGGACCAGGGGCUACAGGAGCAGCUGCUGCAGCUGCUGGCGUCUCACAACGACGCGGCCCUGGUCGCCCAGUGUGCCCUGGACCUCCUGCUGCCCGAGGAGCGACUCCCGGCCUCGGUGGCCGCAGAGCUCCGCCAACUCAGGAUCCAGGAGAGGACGGCCGAGGCCCCUCUGGAGGACGGGAAGGACGAUUACUACCAGCUGCCCAUCUCCAGGGAGCACCUCCACUUCCUGGCCUCGUGGGAGGACCUGGCCAGGCACCAGGAGGAGCUCCUGCAGCCCGGCCGGGUGGUCGGCGUGGACCUGGAGUGGAGGCCCUCGUUCGGCGCCGGGGGCCGGCCCCAGGCGUCGCUCAUGCAGGUGGCCGUGGAGGGCCGCGUGUUCCUGCUGGACCUGCCCCGGCUCUCAAGUCCGGCAGGAGGGCAGGCACCCCAGGCCUUCUCCCGGCUGGUGUCCCGGCUGCUCGCGGACCCCUCCAUCACCAAGCUGGGUUAUGGGAUGGCGGGGGACCUGCGGAGCUUGGGUGCCUCCUGCCCGGCCCUGGCCCAGGCCGAGAAGCAGCUGCAGGGCAGCGUGGACCUGCUGCAGGUGCACAGGCAGAUGCGGGCGGCAGACAGGCCAGCCCCAGGCGUGGACGGGGCCGCAGGGCCGCGGGGCCUCAGCCUCCUGGUGCGGCAGGUGCUGGGCAAGCCCCUGGACAAGAUGCAGCAGCUUUCCAACUGGGACCGGCGGCCGCUGGGCGAGGGGCAGCUGGUCUACGCAGCCGCUGACGCCUACUGCCUGCUGGAGGUGUACUGGGCUCUGUGCAGAGAGCCUGCCCGCUUCCACCUGUCGGGGGACCUGGCCAGGAGCCUGAGGCUGGGACGCGGUGAGAGAGCGGGGGCUGGGGAGCUGCCGCCCCUGCAGAAGGCCUCGGCCUCGCCCCAGCAGGUGCCCGCGGGUGAGGACGCAGCCCCCGAGGUCCCGGCCAGGGCCUUCCGCGUGGUGUGUGACAGCAUGCUGCAGGGGCUGGCGCGAAGACUCCGCUGUCUGGGCAUUGACGUGCUGGUGCUGGCCACCGGCGAGGACCACCGCAGGGCCGCCGAGGUUGCCAGGCGGGAGGGAAGGAUCAUCCUGACCUCAGGGCUGCCGUACCACAAGCUCCGGGCCCAGGUUGGGGCUGGGCGCUGCCUCUCGGUGGACUGCUCCCUCAAGGCCCGGCAGCAAGCCACGGCCGUGAUCAGGCAUUUCAACGUGCGUGUCACCCACUCGGACAUCUUCAGCCGCUGCCAGGCUUGCAACUGUCACCAGUACCUGAAGGUCUCCAAGGAUGUAAUGAAGCAGCUUGUGUGGCUCAGCGGCCACCCAGAAGGCCCUAGCGGCACAGGUGACGAGGCCGCCCAAAUCGAGGAUGAACGGGAGACAGGCUCAGCCCCAGAGGAGGCCCCUGGGGGCUGCGCCUACGACCCGUCUUGCCGCUGGCUGGAGGAGGAGGACCUGCAGAGCCGCGUGCCAGCCAGACUGGGCAACGGCACCCGACUGCAGCUGUCGGGGGUCCCGGCAGGCGUGCUGCGGAGGCCGGGGCUGCGGCAUUUCUACUGCUGCACGGGCUGCGGCAAAGUCUUCUGGGAGGGCUCCCACCUGGGCCGAGUCGCCGAGAACUUCCGAGAGGUUCUGGAAGGUGUCCCCGGCUCCCGCGAGCCGAGCCGAGCCCCCAGCCCGGCCGGCAGCCCCUCCUGAGGACUGGGCCCCUGGCCCCAUGGCCUGCGUCACCCCUGGGGGCCGAGGCAGCCGGCAAUAAAGUGGAAACGCUGCA